AUGGUGUGGUGCGAUGGCGGCAGUGAAAGCAGAGUCGAGGAAUCCCUACAGGCGGCCCUGAGCUGCACGGAGGAUUUCUUGGCGGGCACGGGGCUCCGGCUCUGCCCGUACAAGUCCGAACUCCUUUUGUAUCGACCGACUAGGAGGGGGCGCAUCACCAAGGGUCAGAUGCCUCUGGAAAAGGUCGACAUCUCCAUUCGCACGGCCAUCGGGCAGGUUAUUCCCAAGGUGUAUGUCAUCCGGGUACUCGGUCUCCGUGCAUCUAGCGGUAAAGGAGGACGCCUUAUUGUUUUGCAUGCUGGCAGUGCGAAAGGCUUUGUUGAUGGAGCCGCCCUAGUGUUUCGUACCAAGAAGGGCGCUGGUGAUUACCACACAGAAAUGGAUGCUCCGCGUUUUCAAACAUGGUUUGUUGAACAGUUGCUACCGAACAUCAAGCCACGCAGUGUGAUUGUGAUGGAUAAUGCGUCGUAUCACACUGCUCAAGUUGAAAAGAUUGACACACUUGCCAGCGCUGCCGGUCAUGAGGUUGUGCGCUUGCCUCCUUACCACUGCGAGCUCAAUCCAAUAGAGCUCGUGUGGAGCCAGGUCAAAGGCUAUGUUGCUUCGAAGAACACUGACUUCAAGAUCGAUUCAGUCGAGAAGCUGCUGCUGGAAGGAAUCGCAGGUGUGACCCCGCAGAACUGGUUCCGAGACUGCACUCAUGUGAUAAGGCUUGAGGAUGAGGCAUGGGAGCUGGAUGGCAUUAUAGACAGCCAAAGAGAAAGUCUCAUAAUUUCUUUGGGCACAGAUUCGAGUACUUCUGAUUAG